UCUUUCAUGCGUCGGGUCACAACGUUGGCAGUGUAGCUGCGGCAGGAACUCUCCUCAGUCAUGCAUCGCUCUACCACAACUUAUAACACCUUUACUUUGACAGAGGUUUCCUCCGCCUCUCCUAGUCUUGGCAGCAGCAGCAACAGAGCAAACAAGUCCAAACUCUGGGCUUCUCUCCUCAACAUGAUGCCUCACGUGCCACUCUGCAAAGUUGCUCCUCUGGUUCUGCUGGGAGUGGUGGUUUUUGCUGUGAGUGGGAUCAUUGGAGACCCCCUGUACGAAUGCCUCCAAGACACCGACUACAGCGACCUCCUGGACAUCGUGCUGAAAGGUCUCCCUGCUGCGAAGGUGCCUCGACAUGUGGCCGUCAUCGGUGGCGGCAUGGCUGGACUGACUGCUGCAAAGGUUUUAGAGGACGCCGGACACAAGGUGACCAUAAUAGAAGCCAGUAACCGCAUUGGAGGACGGGUGGAGACCUUCAGGAACAAGAGGGAAGGCUGGUUCGCAGAAGUGGGGGCCAUGAGGAUCCCAAGUUUCCAUAAGAUUCUGCUCUCCUUCAUCUCCAAGUUCCAAAUUCAGCUGAACAACUUCAUCCAGGAUGACAUCAACACAUACUAUCUGGUUAACGGCGCUCUGCACAGAACCUACGCUGUAGAAAACAACCCCGGAGUUCUCAACUACAGCUUAAAUGAGCGGGAGAGGGGGAGGUCAGCGGCGGAACUCUUCAGCGACGCCCUCUGGAAGGUGAGGGAAGAUCUGAAGGCGAUUGGCUGCAGCGCCAUGCUGCAUAAAUACGACGCCUACACAGUUAAGGAAUAUCUGGUGAAGGAGGGCAACCUGAGUCGUGGUGCUCUGAGGAUGAUCGGUGACAUCCUGAACGAGAACAGCCUGUUCUACAUGUCGCUGAUCGAGAUGCUGUAUGUGCAGUCGGACAUCAGCGACGACGUAGAGUAUUUUGAAGUGACGGACGGCUUCGACCACCUCCCCACGGCCUUCUACCAGCUGUUAAACGCCACCAUCCUCCUCAACUCCAGGGUCAAUCUGAUAAACCACACAGGUGGAGGGAAUGUGACAAUAAGCUACCAGGACGGGCGUAACCCAGGCUCUCUGAACAACCUAACCGUGGACUAUGCCCUGGUUACUGCCACAGCCAAGGCCACCCUCUUCAUCGACUUCCAGCCACCUCUGUCUGGCGACAAGCUGGAGGCCCUACGAUCCGUUCACUACGCCAGCUCCACCAAGGUGGUGCUCAGCUUCAAGGCGCGCUUCUGGGAGAAGGAAUCCAUCAGAGGAGGGAAAAGCAUCACCGACCGGCCGUCUCGCUUCAUCUAUUACCCCAGCCACAGCUUCCCUGGUACAGCUGCAGGGGCGCUGCUCGCGUCCUACACCUGCUCAGAUGACUCCACCCUCUUUCAGGGGAUGAGCGACGAGGACGUCAUGGCUGUGGUUCUGGAAGACUUGGGGAAAAUUCAUGGACAGGACAUUAAGUCGCUGUACACAGGGGGGUUUGUGAAGAAGUGGGGCUUGGACCCGUUCAGUCUUGGAGCCUUCGCCCUCUUCACACCCUACCAGCAGGGGGACUACGCCCGAGAACUGUUCCAGAGCGAGGGACGGGUGCACUUUGCAGGGGAGCACACCGCCACACCUCAUGGCUGGAUUGAAACUGCCAUGAAGUCGGGUCUCAGGGCAGCUAAGAACAUUAACAGCAACACGGUGUAGCAUUUGCAACAGGUUUCACUCACGAACACUGGUCCAUCAGCACCAGAGCACUCUGAUGGGACCAACACUUCCUUGUGCUAUGGACUUUGGGUAAAAAAGAGGUCAAAUGCGUAUGGUAAAAUUCUGGGAAUGCUUCUGGGAAUGCUCUAUAAUACCGAGGCAAUCCCAGGUCAGCUAACAGAUUUAAUGUCUCCACUGUGACCUGGGUCCUGAUCCUCAUCCCCACCACUUCACCCUCCAAAGACCGCUGAAGAUCAUGGCCGUGUGAAACCAACAGGACCACAUCAUCUACAAAGAGACGUGAUGUCUAGAGAACUUACCACCGAGGCCCUGAUGGAGUCCAUCUCCCCCCGGAGCCAAAUCAUGACCAACAAUGACUGCGUUUCCAUGCAGUCAAUAACCCUUUUAAAACCCGAAUAUUGGCAAUAACCCGAAUUUGCACGGCCAUGUAAAAACCAAUAACCCCUUUGAAUAACCAGAAUUGGCUCAUAUUCGUGUUUUUAAAAACCCGAAUAUGAGCCCUGGGUUACUCCUUUUAAAACCCGAAUAUUCGGUCAUAUAAACACCAAACGGAAUAUCCCCAUCAAACGGAACAUGAAUUGUUUUCUGCGCAUGCUCUUUUCAUAAGGAAUCCUGGUCUUUUGAGUCCAGGAAGUUCUUAUAAACACGGAAAAAACACAAGACCAGGAAGAGACUAAUCACUUCAUAAAUGUAAUGAAGGAUAUGAACAUUUCUGCAUUUGUAGACGGUAGAAAGUACCGGGAUAGCCAGAUUUACAAGAAAGUGAGAGAAAAGUUGAGCGAAGCAGCAUUUGUUUUGAAUUUGGAUACAGGAAGAAGAAGCAGAAUUGACGGGAAUUGUGUCAUCACGUUCUCCGUGCGUCGCUGGUUUGAUCCAGAUAUCCCGAAUGAUUAAUUACCAUGUAAACGGAAUAUUCCAAAUGUUUCAGUAACCGGAAUAUUAGCAAUAACCCGAAUUUUGACUGCAUGUAAACGUAGUCAUAGAGGACCAAGCUGGUGCUCCGUUCAGUCGUGGCACCAAAUGCAUGAACUGUGUUUUUGUAUGAGCAGAAAACCGCAUCGCAGAAGAAACACUGUCAUGGUAACAUCAGGUUUCUUAACUGGACGUGGUUGUUGUGCUGUAAUAUCCUGACUUCUUUCACCAGAUGAAUGUUUCUAUAAAAUAAUACUAGAAUAAAGCUUGUAUGAACACUAAUACAAAGCUAUGAGCGGAUACAGUUAGAUAGCGACGGUUAAACGGUUAAAUCAAUUCAAAAUACGUUAUUGAUCUCAAGGGGAUUCAAUCAUGAUCUUGACCAGUUGUGAUUGAUGAUGAACAGAAAUAGGCUAAAUGACCCAAUCAAACUCAAACCUUUGUUCUUCUGUAGUAAAAGAAAACUGACGUAAAAAUUAAUUAAUUAAAACAACCUAGCAUCACAGUGAGUAGCUAGUUAGCAUCAUGGU